AGUGCGUGCAGUGCGUGCACUUGUUUCAUUUUAAAUUUUAAGCGUAUAGCCUGUAGUCGUGUAAAUAGCAACGGUAUUAAAAGCUUUUGUUUAAUAUUGUGGUAAAACAGACAGUAAAACAUAAAAAGAUAUCUAAUAAUCGAAAAAAGCUUUCUGGAGCACAGUACAGAAAACGGAAGCGUGAAAAAGAAGAAUUAACUAAAAAGGCUUGCAGUUCAUUCCAAGCGUUUUUAAUCCCAACAAGAUCACAUGACAAACCAUCAAGUUCCCAAGCCCGAGAUGAAAAUGUGACGGAGACUAUAUGUAUAAUGGUCAAUAGCGGAGAAGAGAAGGAGAACUCAUCGAAUACCAAAACUAUAGUGGAAGGUGAUGUUUUAUUAGCAGGACAAGGAUCUGAAGUAAGCUUUGAAAAUAUUAAUGUCUAUAGGUUUGUUCUCACUGCAAAUUUCGAAAGUUUGAAACUGUUUCCAAACCAUUCUUGAUGAGCAUGCGUAAAAUAUUACAACUUCUGAUCGAUUUGAAACCGUCUGUGCGAACAUCAAAUACGGGUUGACUGGAGAAGAAAAAUAACUUCACUUUUUUAUGCCAGUGGGAAAUGGGAAAGUAAAUCAAACAUAAACAAAAAAAUAUAUACUACAACCUUGAAAUAGCUGUAUAUUAUUAAUAGAGUUUAAGAUUGUGUGACUAUUUGCUACUUCAAUACUUACUCUAAAAUAGUCGAGAAAUUCUUUUCUAUUAAAUUGGGACACAGUUUCAUCAAAAUAGUUUUGAUUUUUGGGCUUUAUCCGUUCUUCAAUUAAAUCUUCUUUAAAAGUCUGUGUUGGAAUCAACAUAACUCGGAAUCAACAAAAUUCUGAUCAGAUUCUUCCGACGAUUCAAAUUCCCUUAUUUCCUUAAUGUUUAUUUUUAGACUAAUGCAACAAUUUAAAAUACAAUUUUCAAAACGAAUAUUAAGGAGUAUACAAAACGACAAAAUACAAACAACAAUUUAGAGGUUAUGUUCAUAUUCCGAAGAUCGGCGUUGACUGGCUACACGAAUUCUCUGACACUUUGCUUGAAAUAAAUCCGAAAACAAGUCUGACUAUCAGAUGACGAUCAGAAAUUUGUGUAAGAACAUCAAACUUUUGAUUUGAAACCGAUCCGAAGUUCCUGUGCGAACGCAUUUUACUCUAUUGCGCAUGUUUAUUUGUCGGAAACUUGUUUCUUACUGCUGUGAGAACAAACCUUAUAAGGAUCCUGGCUAAUGGCCAAAUGUUUUAUUGGAUAAAAUUAAAUUAACUCUGAUAGAGUUAGGGCCUACGCAACUAACGGAGGCUGAUAUGACGUUUCCUUUAAAUAAAGACAAUAAAGACAAUAGAUGAUUCUCAUCUAUCUAUUAUAAAAAAAAAAUGUGUAAUGGAGAAAUAAUUCCGAGGGUUUGGCUAGUAUAUUCUAAAUCAAAAGAUUGUGUAUAUUGUUUUCCUUGCAAAAUAUUUAAAACUUUUUCUGGUGGUAGUGGUUUGGUUGAGGGUUAUAAUAAUUGGAGACAUUUAAGUCAACUUAUAGAAAGACAUGAAAAGUCAAAGGGGCAUAUUUGUAAUAAAAAAUCUUGGCUUGAUUUAAAACAAUCAAUUUCUUCUAAAACGACAACUGAUUCACUAAACGAGAAAUUAAUAAACAUGGAAAAUGAUAGAUGGGUUUCUGUUUUGAAAAUUAUAAUUUAUGUUGUCAAGUUUUUAGCCGGUCAAAAUUUGAGUUUUAGAGGUGAAAAUAACAAGAUAUACGAGCAACAAAACGGAAACUUUUUAAAAUUAAUUGAAACAAUUGCCAAUUUUAAUGAAACAAUAUGCGAUCACAUUAACAGGAUUAAAAGAACUCCAUCAAAUAUGCCUCAUUAUUUAGGUGUUCAUAUUCAAAAUGAAUUAAUUUUCCUUCUGGGAAAGCAAAUAAGACAUGACAUUAUAUCUAUGUUAAAUGCUAGUAAAUAUUUUUCAAUUAUUUUGGAUACGACUCCUGACGUGAGUCAUCAAGACCAAGUAACUAUUGUAAUAAGGUUUGUUUUAUUAAAUAAUACAUCAAAGCAAAUCGAAAUUAGAGAGCAUUUUUUGGGAUUCAUUUCAAUAUCAGAUUCGACAGGACAAGGCUUAACUAAUGUUUUAUUGGAUUUUUUGGAGACUCACAACAUUUGUUUAGGCGAUUUAAGGGGUCAGGGAUAUGAUAAUGGAGCGAAUAUGAAGGGUUGCAAUAAUGGUUUACAAAAAAAAAUUAUUAAAUUAAACUCAAGAGCUUUUUACGUCCUUGUGCAGCCCAUAGCUUAAAUUCAGUUGUUAAUGACGCUGCAAAAGCAUCUUUAGAAAUUACAAGUUUCUUUGCUAUUGUGCAGGAACUUUACGUUUUUUUCUCCGCAUCAACUAAACGUUAAACGGCAAGUUUUAAAAGAUGAAAUCCCAACGUUAACACUAAAACCUCUUUCUAGUACUAGAUGGGAAAGCAGAAUAGAUGCUCUGAAAGUUCUUAGACAUAAUUUAGGAAAAAUAUAUGACGCUUUAUUUGCACUUUACUCUGAUAAUAACAGGGACUCCGAUACCAAAACUAUGGCUAAUUCAUUACUUUUAAAAAUUAAGUCGUUUAAAUUUAUUUGUUUCAUUAUUGUAUGGUAUAAUGUGCUAACAAAAAUUAAUAUUACAAGUAAAGUGAAGCAGGAAAUCGAUGUUGCCCUACCUAAUAUUAUUUUAAUCUUAAAACAGACUAAAACAUAUAUAUCUAGUAUUAGAUCAGAUGAAGGUUUCACUAAUAUUUUAUAGGAGGCCAAAAAAGUUGCCGAAGAUAUUGAUUGCGACCCUUCGUUUCCUCCGACUAAUAUCGUUAGACCCCGAACAAAAAAGCGUUUAUUUGACUAUGAGUAUGUAGACGAGGGCCCUAAAAAUCCAGUUGAUCAAUUUAAAAUUAAUUUUUAUUUUGUUAUAUUAGAUACUACAUUAUUAAAAUUGGAAGAAAGAUUCGAGCAAAUGAAGCAACAUGAUACGUUGUUUAAUUUUCUUAACAACCUACAUAGCUUUCUCCAAACAGAAAAAUCAAUUAGGUUUGCAAAAUGCGAAGCUCUUGAGAAAAUUUUAUAUGAUCCAUCAAAAAAUUAAAAAGAUAUUUUAGCUCAAGAUUUAUCUGAUGAAAUUGAUAAUGUUGCACGCUAUGUUUCCCCUGAAAUGAAUACCUUAAAUGUUCUUACCUACCUAUUUGUAAAUAACCUCAUCUAUGUUUUUCCCAAUUUAGUAAUUUUCAUUAGAAUUUUCUUAACAUUACCUGUCACAGUAGCUAGUGGAGAAAGAAGCUUUUCUAAACUCAAAAUAAUAAAAAAUUAUUUACGAUCCACAAUGGGUCAAGAGAGGCUUUCUGACUUAUCAAUAAUUAGUAUUGAAAAAGAAAUUGCAGAAAAUAUAGAUGUGUCUAACAUUGUUAAAACAUUUGCAUUAAAAAAAGCGAGAAAAGCAAACUUUGUUUAAUCUUUGGAUAUGUUAGCUACCUGCCCCUAUAUACAUAUUAUAAAGUGCAUGUUGCGUAUGUAAAUAAUAUGUAUGUAUGUAUUUAAUUACAACUUAUUUGUAAA